AUGCCGCCGGACGCCGAUGAGUGGGCCGUGGUCGAGCGCCGGGGCCCGCACCUGCUGGAGUCGGGGCGGCCCUUCGUCGUCCACGGCUUCAACACCUACUGGCUCAUGUACUUCGCCGCCGACCCCGCCACGCGCCCCACGGUCACCGCCGCCCUCGCCGAGGCGGCCGACGCCGGGCUCAACGUUUGCCGCACCUGGGCCUUCAACGACGGCGGCGACCGCGCGCUGCAGCUGAAGCCCUCCUCCUACGACGAAGAGGUCUUCCAGGUGAGCUUUGGCUGCUUCGGGUGGGCACGGCACGAUGCAUCCAACUUGCUUGGGAUGCCAAUUUUGAUUGGGGAGUUUGGGGUAUCACUUAAGGACGGGAGGUUCGGCAAUGAAUUCCGAGAAUCUUUCAUGGAGACAGUUUACACAAUUUUCUCGAGCUCUUGGAAGAGUGGAGUGAUUGGGGGAGGCUGCCUUGUUUGGCAGCUCUUCCCUGAAAGUGCAGAGCACAUGGAUGAUGGUUAUGCAGUUAUUUUCAGAAAAUCAUCAUCCACAUUAAAUGUGCUUUCAAAUCACUCAAGGACUCUGGAAUAUUGA